AUUUGGUUUGCUCCUUACCGAAUCAUUUUAGCGGGCAGGAACUGUUGUUCAUUCAUGGAACAUGGGUCAAACCAGCAAAUCCUUUGUGACUUUAGGCACUUUACUGCGUAUGGAAAAUGUAUAGACACCUGAGACGAUUACCGCAUCGUUAGAGCUUGACUCUAGACGAAGAAAGCAAGCAAGCAAGGGUGGAGUUACAGUCACUAUGGCGCUGCCUUCCCUGCUACUAUCGCAGCAGCAUGAUGAGGACGCAGAACAAAAAGACUUGCUAUCGGCUGCUACUGCAUUCUUCAAGUGGCGCCAGGCAGCUCUCAAGGCUAACUUCCGACGGGAACUGGAAGGAAUACUUGAAGAGGUCGCUCAAGAGGAGGAAGCAGCGAGCAGGGUGCAAAAGCAGCUAGCGAGGACACAAGAAAGGUUGGACGAGACAACGCAGGCCCUUUCGAAGCUGUCAAAUGAUCACCGUACAGCGCUGGUGCAUAUCGAUCAGCUGCGUGCUCAAAAUGAGGAGCUGUUUCGAGCUUUGGAAGCUGCCGAGGGCGCAUCACGGUCGAACGCCGAGCAGGCACGUACUGCAAACACCAUGCACCAGGAGGAGGUUAGGCGUCGCCAGGACGAAGCAAAGCGCUAUGACAUGGAGUUGGAGGCGCUGCGUGAUCAGUGUCAGACGCUGGUGGCUCAGCAGCAGGUCUUGCUGGACUCGAUGGCACAGCGGGACAGAGAGGUGGCGGAAGCGAAUCAGGAGGGGCUGCACCAAAAACGCAAUGCGGCGCGGCUCCAGGAGGAGGUCGAGCGGUUGGAGGCCCUCGCUCGUGCCACCGGCGAGCGAGCAGCGGCGGCGGAGGCGCAGGCCGCUGCUCGCUCCGAAACCAUUGCCAAGCUAUACGCGGAACUCAGCGGCCUGCGCGAGCGGUACCAUGCGGAGCUAUCUGAGCUGAAGGCCGCACGCAUGGCUGCUUCCGACGUCCAGCGCAUGCGGGAGCGUAUGGACAGCAUGCAAGCUGUCAACGACUCCCUCGUGGCUGCCAGGGACGAGCUUCGUGCCUCCUUGGAGGGCGUGGCGGCCAAGUUGGCUGCAGCGGAGCAGCGGCUGAAGCGGCAGGCGGCGGCGGCCACCAUGCGGGAAACCAUCCUUGACGCUGUUGCGAGCAUCGGUCGGGAGCUUGUAGGCGAGGGCGACGAGUCGCACACCCUGCAGGUCACCACCCGGCUCUCCACCGAGCUUGACAUGGCGAUGACCAGCAACACGGACCUGGCGGAGCGGCUGACAUCAGCGGAGGCGGUCAUUGCGCAGCAGCAGGGCCACGUAAGGCGCAUGGCUGAGGAGUGCAGCAGCCUGGAGGCCCAGCUGCGGGAGUCCCGGCAGCAGCGCGACGCGCAGCACCGCAUCAACGCGGAGCUGGCUGCCGAGCUGAAGCGGCUGGCGGCGGAGUCGGCGCUGGGACCCAUCCUGGUGCUGGACAGGGAGGGAAAUCUUGUCCCUCAGGCGCCGCCGCAGCCCCCGCCGCCCGCCGCCACCUCGCCCGCAACCUCCCAGCUGGAAGCGCAGUCCACGGCGGUGCGUGUCAUCCUGGCGGACAAGGCCUUCGGGCUGGGGGCCUUAUGCCAGGCCAUUGCAGCGCAUCCUGGCUCCGUUCAGGCCGUGCGUGCGCAGCUGGGCGAAUGCCGUGCGCUGGCGGAGUCCCUUCGGGUGGAUGUGGAGGAGGUCGGGGCGCUGCUUGCGGCACGGCCCUUUGAAGCGGAGGAGCUCGCGCGGAAGCUGCCGGCGCUUCAGGACCGGCUGUCGAAGACGGAGAGCUGUCUGGUGGCUGCGCGCGAGGAGCUGACGUCGAAGCAGGUUCACGCCGUCUCCCUGGAAGCCCGUGUGCUGGCUGCGGAGUCUGCCCUACGAGGAGGAGCCUCCCUGCUGCAGGGCUGGAGCGGGUUGCUGAGCGAGGUGGCUGCUGCAGAGGAUGGGCGACUGGAGCCAGAUGUGCGGCUGGGACUGCGGGAGGAGCUCAAGACUCGCGAGGAUGCUCUGCACCGCGCCGUACUGGAUCUUGCUGCCGCUGCGCCGCCGCUGCUGGGCGGGGAUCCCGGCUACGCGGCGGCUCAGGUGGCCAUGCGGGAGGCGGGCAAUGCCAUGAUGGAGCUGGCGCUGACGCUGGGGGACAGGCUGGUGGACGCCCCCGCCACACGCACCCGCGUACUGUCCGCGGAGCACCUGUUGCUAGACCGCGCGGCCGCGCUGGCGCGAUUCCGCGAGUUGUUGGCGCGGGCGCCUGGGGAGAUCGCGGACAUGGUGGAGCGGCUGACGGCCAUCAUACCCGACCUGCAGGCCAUCGGUCCCGCUGUGGAGGAGAUGCUGCGCUGCGUGCAGCACUACCUGGCUGCCGACAAGGAGGCCGUGGUUGACGUGGUGGCGUUGCAGGGAGAGGUUUUGAUGCUGCGUGGGCUCGUCCGCAAUAAGGACAUGGCUAUCCAGGCGCUGGAGGCCGCGGGUGCUGGCAUACGCACCGGCUCCCCCACCAAGCGCGCCGUCAAGAUGGUGCCCCUGGAGGCGCUGCAUGCCGCGGAACGCGUGCGCGACGGGGUGGCGGGCGAGAAAGCCGCGCUGCAGAGCCGCAUGGUGGACCAGAGGGUGCAGCUGGUGGCUGCCCGGCACCGACUUGUGAACUACAUGGCGUCGCUGCGACAGGCCUGCGAGAUGGCUGAGGUGUUUUAUAAGUGGCGCACGGCAGCGGCGGUAAUCAAGGCCGAGCGGUCACAUGCGGAGAUGGUGGCAGCGCAGAGGGAGCUGCAGCGUGUGGAGCAGGAGACGCGCGAGCAGCUGGCACGCAUGGAGGCUGACAUGGAGGCCGCCCGCGCGCGGCAUGCGGAUGAGGUUGCGUCCCUCAGCGCCAACCACCUUGCGGAGGUGGCGGCCCUGAACAAGGCGCAUGCGGCGGCGGUGACGUCACUGCAGGAGGCACACGCGGAGGAGCGACGGAGGGCCGCUCUGAUGGCGCUUGAGGCGGCCAAGUCCAGAGUGAGGACGCUUCGGCGUGUGAUGAAAGAGAAGACUGAGAGGUGGGAGGAAUCCCUGGCGUACUCCGUUCUGUACUUCUGGCGCUUCAGGGUCCGACGACAGGUUAUGGCGCGUCAACGGUUGCGGGACUACUCCACUCGCCUACGAGCCCGUGAGGAGCCCGAGAACCUCACGUACAAGGAAAUCCUGUACGGCCCUCGCAUGACGGUUGCACGGCGGGCGGCGUUGCGACACAAGGACCCCUCCGAUCUGCGCACGCCGCAGGCGGUGACGGGUGCGCAGGUGGCGCGAAUGGUGCUGCAGGCAUGGCGCGGCUGGGCCUACGUGAAGCGCCAAGCCCACAAGGUUGAGGCGCUGACCGAGGCAGUUCCCACCUUCAUCGAGAACCUCGGUGACCGCCGCCGACUGGAGCGAGCCUGGCUGGGUCUGCGGCUGUGGACCACGGGCUGUGCAACCGCGCGCGCUCACGAUGCCAUCCGCGACUAUGAAGCGGCAACUGCGGAGGCCCAGGCGGCCAAGGUUGCGGCGGAGAGGGCGGUGGCGGAGAUGGAGGAGGAGCGGCAGCGGCAGGCGGUGCUAGCGGAGGAGGCUGCAGCAGAGGCUGCCGUACGAGCCCAGGAGCUAACCCUGAACCCCUACGGCUUCCUCCCAGGACCGCCCCUGGAAGUCGGCACGCAGUACCUGCCCAACGUGCACACCCUGCUACUUCCCGGAGCUCAAGCGCCCGAGCACUCCGCCGCCGAGGACGCCGUCGCAGCAGUCAGGGCCGCUGGCAUGGCCACCGCGGUACAGCCGGUCAACGCGGCGCUUCAACUGCCCGCCGCCGCACCCGUGGGGAACCUGCCGGGCUGGGCCGCUUUCACCCCCGGAGAAGUCAUGCCACCCGUCGCCGGCCCAAGCCAGGCCGCAAUAAACGCCCUGGCGCGGCAACGUGCCACCGCACCCGGUGCCAGGUCAUUGCAGGCUGUGGAGCCCUCACAUGGCAGGACGGUGGCGCCCGGCGGCGGGGUGAUGGGUGGUGGGGCUGCGGCUCGUGCGGCCUCGAGCGGGAGGGUGCCGCCGCCUGGGCGGGGUCCGCUGAAACAGGUGUCGGACAACCAGGGGGGCCGCGCGCGGCAGAGGGGCUCCUCGGGCGGAGGUGCAGGCAAGGCCAAAGCUGCUGCGAACCAAACCUCUACCGCAGGUGUUGCCUCCCGGUCCGUGGAGGGCACGGCGUCGGGGGUGGCGACGCUGGCGGAGCGGGCUGAGAGGCUGGUGCGCGCCGUGGACGCUAUCACAGCGGGCGUGGCAGGCACCGCCGACCUGCUAGUCCAGCGGACCAAGGUGCUGCAGAUGGACGCUGAGGAUGCGGUCCCAUUUGAUGAAACUGUAGACCGAGCUCUGGUGCAGAGCGCUGCGGCGGCGACGGCGGAGGAUGGGUCCCCGGUGAGCCUGCCGACACGCCGGGUGCAGUCGGACGGUACUGUGGCCAUUGAGUACCACCAACAGCCCCACGGUCCCAUCGUAAGCCCGCCCGAAAGCCCUACGGUCGUGAGAGCCGGUCGCCACUUGGAGCCUAAACCGGUUGCAUGGCCGACGUCCGGCGAGGAUGGGGCCCAACAACAUGCGCAGACGACGGUGACGGUUGACGGAGGUUCCGAAGCGGGAGGCGCUGGGUCCCCGGGGCCUGUGGAUGCGACGACCACAGGCCCGUCGGAGAGCGCAGAAGCCGCAGGGCCCAAGCAAACGCAGGGCACCAGCCGUCCGCAAAACGGAGUGCAGCUGCUGCUCGGCCGCGCGACAGGACGUGGCAGGGAUCAGAGCGACGGACGCCGGGCACAGGCGGCAAACGGGACCCUCGCCCCGCAGCCGGGGACAGUCAGCGGCGCUCCUGCCAGGGGCACCGCAGGCCGACGCAUCCACAAUGCAGCGCCCGGCGGGAGCCUUGCGAAGGGGAGGUUGUCAGCGCGUCCUGCACCGGGUCCGCCAUCAUCAGCGCUCGUACCAGCAGCGGCCCCAGUGACGGUGCUGCUGCCCCGCACUGUUAGCGUGCCUAGGGCCGUUACGGCUGCACAAGUGGAGGCUAUGGCCGCAGGUGCGUCGGCGUCUCAACCUCAGGUGCACAGCGUCUGGCCGCACGUGCCAGCCAACGCCCUAUCAACCACUGGACCCAACACCGCUGAGCUCAUGCGGCGGCGGGGCGAGCAGAUCCCGGAGCCCCUAGCUCCCUACUCACCGGCAUCCGGAGCCCCUGCCGCAAUCACCUCAUCCCAGGUCCCUCCCCUGGCGCCGCCGCCACAGGCUCCCAUGCAGACGCCGCUACCAGCGCCCGCUCCCGCCGUUGCCAGGGUUGGCAAGGUCGUGCGGUUCGAGCGCAUGACUCCUCCUCCAAACGCUGGCCCCAACGCACCCUCCUCCUGGCCUGCCGAGCAGCAGGGCCCAGACGGUUACUUGGGCCCAGAGCCAUCUCUUGGAAUGGAGGACCGAGGCCCCGCGACGUACAUCCAACUUCCUUCGCCGGUCAAAGCCACCGUACGACUGCCCGGCGGCGGUGUUUGACAAAAUGCUGCAUUCGCGUCAGCUAUAGUGUUCACAGUUUUGUUACUUGGCCGUGU